ACAAAUCUGUCAACUCUUCCAAUUAGUGUCUUUUCAGUCGAAUCAUUGCGGAAGUUCACUUUUGGCCAUGGUUCUCAAACGAAGCGCUGCCAUCUUGAUGGCACUUUUUGGUGACACAGCAAUUGCGACGGCGACCCACGAGGCUCGUUCAAACACGGCGUCACAAUGUCGACACCUGCCAGGCGACGAUCAGUGGCCAAGUGAGACUACAUGGGCACAGCUCAACACCACGGUUGGAGGCCGGCUACUCCCCGGCACGCCCCUAGGACGGCCUUGCUUUCAGGCGAGCCUGAAUUCCGACGUUUGUGCCACCAUCAAGAGUGAAUGGACUGAUGUAGACCCCUACAUCGUGGACCCCGUAAAUAUCAUGGCUCCGUAUUGGCUGAACAACUCAUGCAACCCAUUCUUCGGCCCAAAUGGCACAUGCACGCUCGGCAAUCUGGCAUACUAUGCUAUCCAAGUUGAAAAUGCACAGGAUGCUGCUGCGGGAGUCAGGUUCGCCCAGGACAACAAUAUUCGACUUACCAUUAAAAAUACGGGCCACGAUUACCUCGGAAGAUCUGGCGGUAGAGGGUCUUUGGCGCUGUGGACUCAUAACCUCAAAGAUAUCUCCUUCCUCGACUACACGAGCUCCAGCUACACAGGCCCGGCAGCGAGACUCGGAGCAGGAGUUGAAUAUUCUGAUGUUCAACGUGUUGCUAGCGAGAACGGGCUCCAAGUCUUGGGCGGCUCGUGCCCCACUGUGGGAAUCGUCGGGGGCUUCACCCAAGGUGGUGGUCACGGCCCUCUUGCUGCCAAAUAUGGACUUGGCGCUGACCAAGUCCUAGAGUGGGAAGUAGUCAUGGCGGAUGGUCAGCAUACGAUUGCUUCUCCUGAUCAAAAUUCUGACUUGUUUUGGGCUAUGCGGGGUGGCGGACCUGGCAACUAUGCAGUGGUGCUGUCCGUGACUGUGAAAGCAUACUCAGAUGGACCUGUCGCCGGGGCAGGCUUCGUGCUUGUUAACGAGAACGACGACAUCUAUUGGGAAGCUAUAUCGGCAUUUAUCCGCCACCUUCUUGUUCUCGACACCAUCGAAGGCUACAUGUCAGGCUUCACCAUCACAGCUGCUGCCUUCUACCUCGCCUUCACAUUGCGGCCUGACGCAAAGUCAGCCGACGACGCCACGGCGCCGCUUAUGCCCUUGAAGGCGGAGCUGAACGCUCUUAACGUCACACUCAUCAACGACUCGGCUGCUCUCUCCGAUAAUUAUGCUGAUUGGUUUGACACAUGGGCUGCGCCCCUCCAAUAUAGCACCCACAAUGGCGUCGGUGGUCGCCUGAUUUCCAGAGCUGCGGUACAGGACAAUGCCACAGCUGUCGUUGCCGUGUUUCGAGACAUGAUCGAAAAUAGCCCUGGACUCAGUGGGAUUGGAAUAAAUGGUCUCGCAGUGAAUGUGACUCAGGCGCGAGUUGGACCCGCGGCGGCUCCUGGUGCAAAUGCUGUGCUUCCGGCGUGGCGGGAUGCCCUUUUUCAGCUUAACUUUGGUUAUACACAUGCUGCUGACGCCGAUUGGGAUGUCCUUAGCACUGGCCAGGCCUGGCUGAAUGAGAAGCAGGACCAGCUGCGCGCCUUGACGCCUGGUGGAGGUACCUACAUGAACGAGGCCACGUUCGACAAUGCCAACUGGAAGGAGGACUACUUUGGAAGUAAUUAUGCGCGCUUGCAGGCCAUCAAAAACAAGUAUGAUCCACAAGGCCUGUUAUGGGCCGAGGCUGCUGUUGGGAGCGAUAUCACUUGGGUCGUUGCAGCUGACGGGAGACUUUGCAAGCCUUAA